GGUGACAUUUAACUUAACCUCAACUUAAUUAAUCAAGUUUAAAACCGUUCUUACUUUUCAAUGAAUUAUCUAAUUAACGCGAUAAAAUUAAUUGAUUUCCGUGGUAGUUACACUUCGCUGAAUUAAGUAGCACCUAUUUUUUAAAAUAAAAUCAAUAAAUCACCGACCCAGUGUACAGAAUAUGGUGAUUUAGGUUUUGAUAGAUUAUCAAGUACAAAAUUUGAUUAGAUAAAAAGCUUCAAAUCAAUCUUCUUGUGAACGUACCUGAAAAUGCAAGCUAAAGAAGUUAAUGAAAACGAUUUAGAAGAUUUGAAAAGUCGUAUGAAAUUGAUUUCGGAAGCUGAUCCGAGUCAGUAUCAUAACGUUUUUUCAUUGAGGAGAUAUUUGCGAGCUUUUAAAACACCGGAUGAAGCUUUUAGGGCUAUGUUAAAAACUAAUAAGUGGAGGAUUGAGUAUGGAAUUCAAGAAUUGGAUUGUAACCACCCUUUAGUCAUCAAGUUUUUAGAAGCUAAAAAAGCUAGGGUUCUUAAACACAGGGAUAUGCAAGGGCGUCCUGUUAUUUAUAUUCCUGCUAAAUAUCAUAAUGUUAAUGAUAGAGAUGUUGAUGAAUUAACAAAAUUUAUUGUUUAUUGUUUGGAAGAAGGUUGUAAAAAAUGUUUUGAAGAAGUAAUAGAUAAUUUAUGCAUUGUUUUUGAUUUAAAAGAUUUUGGUUUAAACUGUAUGGAUUACCAAGUUUUAAAAAAUUUGAUUUGGUUGUUGAGUAAACAUUACCCUGAAAGAUUGGGAGUCUGUUUGAUUAUAAAUGCUCCUGCUUUAUUCUCAGGAUGUUGGGCUAUCAUAAAGGGAUGGCUUGAUGAGAACACAGCAAGUAAAGUAACAUUUGUAAAUUCUGAAGAGGAAUUGUGUUCUUAUUUAAUACCUGAUAUCUUACCAGAGCUGUGAAUUGUCUUUAAGAAUUUAUUGUAUUUUAAUUAUAACUAAAAAGCUAACUUUUUAAUCAGGGUAUUGUAAGGAGAAUAGACUAGAAGUAGCGUUUAAAUUGAAUUAUCAAAUUGUUGUCAAUUGUAUUCAAAAAUAUGUGGUUAGAAUGAAAACAAUUUUAGUGCAAUUCUAGACAUAGUUUGUUUAGAAUGAGAAUAUAUCAAAAUGUAGCUUUGUAUAUGUAUAAAUGUAUAAAAAAAAGGAAAUAUCUAUAUAUUAAGU